CACAUUCCACAUUUCCAUGUUUUGUAGGAACCAAUGAUCACAAUUUCCUAUUUUAAAGACCCUACAAAUAAAGCAUUGAUCAUUUGUCUACAAAUUAAAGCAAAUUCAUCUUGACCAGAGCUCUACUAAUUCAUUAGACAUGGAGAUCAUUCCAUUGAUGCUCAUUUCCGUUAUCAUACUCUUGACAUCAUUUCCGGCUCCGAUUAAAGUGUCCGGCAGGGGUGGAGGAGGCGGCUUUGUUGGUAGUGGCAACUCUCCUAGUAUUGGAAGCGGCUAUUUUGGUGGUGGUGGGAAUCCUGGCACCGGCUAUAUGGGUGGGGGUAUCCCUAGCGGCGGCAGCAUUAGGGAUGGGAGUAAUGUUGGCACCGGUUAUAGGGGUGGGUUUCAAGGAGGCAAGCCUUCAGGUGGUGGUGACCCCGGUGCGGCAAUUGUGGUGUUUCCUAAGAAGCCCGAGGAACCUGUGAAGGUGGUGCCAACGCCAAUGCCACAAGUUUGCGAACCGAAAGUUAGACAUUGCAUCAAUGUACAUGUAUACGGACGCGCCGGGCAACCUCACCGAGGCGGAGCAUGUUGUAACAAAUUUAGGUACGCGAGAAGAUGUGUCUGUAAAUUCCUUGUGUCUAAUGAUACUCACCUAAACAAACAAUCUAAUGGUGUACUUCGAGGUUGUCAUUUUAAACGCAAUUGUGUCUUCCGUAACUAAGAUCUAGAGAUUAUGUAUGUAACUAAUAGAAAAUAAUAACUAUGUAUAUACAAGCAAAUAUAUCUUGGAAUAAUUGUACAUUUUUGUAAGGUUAAAAAUGUAUAUCUUAAUGUAUUUUGUAAAUGAUAUAUGAGUGCUCGGAUAGACAGUUAAACUUGUUCUUCGGCGAUGAUCGUCGUUUGCUUGAGAAUACAGUCUGCGAGCACAUGGUGAGAGACUUGGCUAUGCUCCCGAUGGGUACUCUUUAAUGCUCUUCUACAGAGGUACAAUCCUACACCAGAGCUUCCACCGCCGUACGUUUCUGCUCCUCCGCCGGUGCCUUGUUAAUCCAAAUUUUUGCAGUCUAAGAGAGUUGUUUGGUCACAUUAUCACACAUAAAAUAAACAAGGAUACAGCUUUAAUAUAUAUAUUUUUACAUAGAAUAAGGUUUGUAUAUCUAUAUUUUGGUCACUAUUUGCUAGAGAAUAAGAGAUUGCUGGAUGAUCUUGGCGGUGCUUUCUGAUUUCUGUAACAACAUAACUUUACCUAUCUAUAUUGAUAUGCAUGGAAAGUUUAUAAGAAUUAAUCAUGAUAUAUAAUAUAUGUUGCAGUU